CAAAAUGUCUUUUGUCUCUCAGCCUCGGUCUAACAUUUCUAUUCAGCUUGAUGAUGUUGGGUUACUGGAAAGAAUGACCACCUUUGCUCUGUCCACAAUCCCAUGCUGUUUGUUUCUCUUUAUUAAUGGAACCAUUUUGUUCACUCUGAGGAGUAAAUCUGUUUUUCGUGACACCUGUCGGUAUAUUCUCCUGUUUAACCUCCUUCUAGCAGAUACUGCGCAGUUAGCAAUAUGUCAGGUUCUGUUUCUACUUUCUGUUUGCAGAAUUACACUAACAUAUCCUGUUUGUGGAAUGCUAACUGGUUGUGCCAGUAUCACAAGUGUAACCUCUCCUCUAACGCUGAUGGUGAUGUCUCUGGAGCGGUGUGUAGCUGUGUGUUUCCCUUUGAGACAUGCUAUGAUUGUCACCAUCAAAAACACGAGGCUGGCAAUUGUUGCCGUUUGGACUUCCAGUUCUUUACAUAAUAUCUUUCGCGUUAUUUUGCUGUUGGAUUUUCCUUUUAAAGAUCUAGACAGUCUACAAAUGACAAAUUUAUGCAAUGAAUUCAAUAUGCUGCUUGGAUCCAGGUCUAAAGUUUAUGAUAAUGCUUUCACUGGGUUCUUGUUUGCUUCAGCAGCCAUUGUAGUUAUUUCUUCCUAUGUUGGUGUAAUAAUAGCAGCCAGGUCAGCAUCUACAGGAAAAGCUUCAGCCUUGAAGGCUCGUAAUACAUUGAUGCUACAUUUGGUGCAAUUAUGCCUCAGUUUGUCCUCAACCAUUUACAACACCUUGCUUGUAGCGAUUAUGAAAAUUAUUCAAAGUGUUGGGUUUAUGCGAUUAAAUAAAUUUCUUUAUGUUUUAAUUAUUUUAUUUCCCAGAUGCUUAAGUUCUUUAAUUUAUGGCCUUAGAGAUCAAACUAUCAGACCUAUUCUUCUGGGCCAUCUAGGUUGUCAUCAAAAACUCAAAACUGUUGCAGUCAGUGGGUGA